AAAUAAAAAUUUCCCAUUUUCCCUGAAACAUGGAUCAAACAUUAAUUCAAAUGUCAGACAGGCUAUUAAUACAUAUGUAUCCGAAGUUUAAUUUAUACAAUUAUUCUGAGGACAUUCUUUCAAAUAAACUGCAGGAGUAACUCGUGAAAUCAACUACGUUUCCAAUAAUGCACUUCUCUGGACAGUGCCCAGGCAUUACUUCCGGGUUAAGGACGAGUCAACAUUGAUGGCUUGGUGUUGUUUCACCGGUAAAAUGUGAAGUUACCCAUGGCAACAUUCACUCAAUUCUGUUUGCGCCAGGAUGACAAGAUGUCUUAUCCCCAAUGUGUGAUUAAGUGAGCGACGUCAGCGGCCUCGAGUCUUGAAAGGUCCCGAGAGUGUCGUGUUGAGGUCGUUGCGCUUUAAUCGGCUAUUCGUGCUCGUCACAGCACGCCCGGCUCAGGGGAGCAGAUUAAGAGAUGGACCUGGGCAAGGCCAAGCUGCUACGGAGCGGCAUCAACACGCUGCACCAGGCCAUCCACCCAGUGCACGGGGUAGCAUGGACCGACGGCAAGCAGGUGUGCCUGACGACGCUCUACUUCCAACGCGGCGAGACCAAGUUUGGCGACACAAAUGUCAUCGGGCAGUUCGAACACGUCCUCGGGCUCUUCUGGGGCCCGCUGUGCUGCCCCGACUCACCCGCCUUGCUGGCCGUGCAGCAUAAGAAGCAUGUCAGCGUUUGGCAGCUGCAGCUGAGCGCGUUGGAGCAUAACAAGCUGCUGUGCACACAGACCUGCGAAAUGAGCGAGCCCUUCCCAUUGCUCGCGCAAGGCUGCGUCUGGCACCCCAAACUGGACAUUUUGGCCCUCCUGACCAAGCGGGACGCAUCAGUGCUAUUCUCAGUACGGGUGGACAACAGGAGGACCAAGGCGGAUAUUAAGGGAAGCGGGCUCAUCCACUGUGCGUCUUGGACUAAAGACGGAACCCGUUUGGUGGUGGCGAUCGGCACCGCGCUGCACUCCUACAUUUGGAACGACAUUCACAAAAGCCUCGUGGCUUGCUCCUUCUGCCCCAUUUUUGACGUGGGGGGCUACAUCUGUGCCACAGAGGCAACUGGAGACUCUCAGGUUGCCGUGGCGACAGAGCUGCCUUUGGAGAAGCUGUGUGGCUUGAACGCCGGCAUGGCCUUCGAGGUGGACCCCUCGCGAGUCCAGACGCCAGAAAUUGACUUCUCUCAGGAUUCCAGACGGCUGUCAUUUGACCUCGCGGAGAAGUCCCAUACACCCACCUCGGGCCCCCUGGACCUCACCCACCUCCUGGCCCGGCACCGGCGCUCAGACCCCAGCCCACUUAUUCACCUGCAGCGUAAGGACUCAGUAACGGGUUCCGGUCAGGACUCAUCACACCUGGUGCUGAUCACAUACGAGCGCAAGGUGGUCACCACCCGCAAAGUCAGCAUCCCCGGGAUCCUAGUGCCGGAUUUGGUGGCUUUCGACCCGCGUGCCUCCACUGUGGCCGUGGCGUCCAACACUUGUAACAUGGUGCUGGUGUACCGUAUCACGGCAUCGGCCAUGCCCAACAUCCAGCAGAUCUCGCUGCAGGCCACAGACAGGCCCAAGGGGGUCUGUUUUCUCAGCGACAAAGUGCUGCUCAUGAUGGUCGGCCGGCAGAAGUCAAUGGACCCCGCCUUCCUCCCGUCCUCCAACACAGAAAAGUAUAUCCUGCGCUUGGUGGCCAAAGACUUCGAUGGAGAGGGUGCCUCCUCCCAUCUCAACGUAGAGCCUGCUGCUAAUUUGUCACGGAUUAGGAGGCACUCAGAGCACCUGCCCAAGGAUGACAGGGAGCAGCUGGGGAUAAAGGACUUGAUUCUGCCCGGGAAUGGAGUAGUACCCCGCUCACCCGGGAGUAGAUGCAGGCUGGUGGAGGAGGUGAGGAGCCCCGAGUCCAGCUCUGCGGACUUCUCCGCCUCCUCGGAAAGAACCCCCUCCUGCGCCGUGGAGAACUUGGACGUCGGCCGCAUGGCCAGCCUGGCGGUGGCCGGCCAGACCAGCAGGGACUCCAGCCGGGCUGGAUCACCUCGGCCGGAGGUGGUACCGGAGCCAAUGGUGGCCCCGCCGGGCGGAUCCUCCCGGGAGAGAGCCCUGGAGCAUCUGGUCUUCAACAUGGAGCGGCUGUUCGCUCGCUUCGCAGAUGUGCAGCAGUGCCUGGGCGAGAUCCGAGAGUACGCCCAGAACGGCAAGAAGGUUGCGAGCUCCUACCCGGCUGCCGCUGAGCCCCCUUACAUCAAUGUCACAUGUCAGAAGCAGUUGUCCGAGAACGUGUUUAUUGACGAACGGCGUCCAAUGCUCCUGUGUGAUGGCAAGUUGUGUCUACGCGCCCUCCAGGAGCUUUUCAACCUCACCGUCGUGGAGAUGCUGCAUGGCCCCCUGUGGAUCGUCCUGGUGGCCGACUCCGACGGCUUCGUGCCCCUGACGUUCAAUCCCAGAGCUGAGCUCACCGUACGUAACGGCAAGCGCAAAUCCACUGUCCGCACUCCUGGGAGCCCCGAGAUCUCCUGCCCGUCCAGUCCGGCCCCCUGCCACAACCCUACCAGCACCACCACCACCACCACUGAGGCCUCCACGUAGUUUAUGGAUUUAGACCACUUUGUUAAUAAAGCAGUUUCAACAAUUCA